GAAAGUUCAUCAAUUGGCUGCUUCCUGCACGCCCCACACUGGGGAUGGAGCCACCACCCAGGCAUGUCCCCUGGCUGGGACUUGCACCAGCGACCUCCGAUUCAGAGGUGACCGCUCAACCCCCCGAGCCAACAGCUGGGCAGCACAUGCCUUUUGUAACUUAACUGUAUAGAACUCUCCACACUAAAAAGUGAAAUCUGUCUGUCUACCCCCACCACCUCCAAAAAAUGCCUACUUCCCAGAGAUAGGUACUGUUCACAGACUUUUGCAUGAUUUCACACAGAUCAUUCUCUGCAUCUGAUAAGCCUUCCCCAGAAAGUCCAGAGUUCCCUGUGGACUGGAGUAUUAAAACUCGACUCCUUUUCACCUCUUCUCAGCCCUUUGCCUGGGCAGAUCACGUGAAAGCGCAGGAAGAGGCUCAGGGAGUCGUCCAGCAUUGCCGAGCAGCCGCAGUGACUCUGCCUCCGAGCAUACGGGACCCCAAGCUCUGCACUGAGCUGCGAUGUGCUUUCCAGCAGAGCCUGGUCUACUGGCUCCACCCCGCCUUUCCCUGGCUCUCCCUGUUCCCUCGGAUUGGAGCUGACCGGAAAAUGUCUGCAAAGACAAGCCCUUGGUCGAAUGAUGAAUCCCUACAACGCAUUUUAAUGAGUGACUGGUCUGUGAGCUUCACUUCUUUGUAUAAUCUUCUGAAGACAAAACUUUGCCCCUAUUUCUACGUUUGUACCUAUCAAUUUACUAUCCUGUUUCGUGCAUCAGGAUUAGCAGGAAAUGAUGUAAUCACGGCUCUCAUGUCUCCUACAACUAGAGGUAUAAGAGAAGCUAUGAAAAAUGAAGGUAUUGAAUUUUCUCUGCCGUUAGUAAAAGAAAGUGGCCAUGAGAAGAAGAAACCAUCUGGGACAAGCUUGGGACAUGGGGAGGAGCAAGCAAUCAGUGAUGAAGAUGAAGAAGAAAGUUUUUCCUGGCUGGAAGAGAUGGGUGUGCAAGAUAAAAUUAAAAAGCCAGACAUACUCUCUAUCAAGCUGUAUCCUUUCAUUUGCUGUUAUUUUUUCCCCUUCAUUUUUUAUAAGGCACGAAGUGUAAAUGUGAAGACACAGGUUGUUUCUGGAUACAAAGAUCAAUUCAGCUUGGAGAUCACAGGUCCUGUCAUGCCUCAUUCUCUACAUGCUAUGACCAUGCUACUUGGAUCUUCACAGAGUGGGUCAUUUUCUGCAGGACUGUAUACACAUGAGCCAACUGCUGUGUUCAACAUCUGCCCACCAGUGGAUAAAGUACUGGGAAAGGAGACUGUUCGUGAGGAGCUUGCUAACUGUGGGUUGCACCCUAAGACUCUGGACCAACUUAGCCAAACACCAGUACUGGGGAAAUCAUCCUUACGGAACGUGGAAAUGAGUGACUACCUUUAUAAUUGGAGAACCUGAACGCCAAACUUUUUAAUUACAUGCUGGGGAGAAGCAUGCCAAUGACUGUGUGACAGGCAUUAAGUUCCACAAGGUGCUCUGAUGGAAGGAGGCGGCUGUGGAGGUAAAAACAUACCCCUGGUUCAGUUCCUUAUUUGGUGCAGGCCAUGCAGUGGUGAUGUACUGAGAGAAAAGUUAGCUGAUGCUUGGAUAUCAACUGCCUUGUUGCUACACACCUAGAAUGGCUUUUACUUACUUUCAGGUUCAUCGGCCCCUCUUUUCCAGGAAACACUCCUAAAAAAUAGGGCAACUGUGCAGAGUACAUACAAAUACCCAAAUCACCCAGGUUUCCAAUUCUGUUUCCAUUCUCUGAUAUAUUCAUGUUUCUUUACCGCAGGGUGUAUAUAGUUAACAAAAAAGCUGAUUAAUGAGACUACAGUAGUAAACAGUAUUCAUCAGGUCAUGUCCAAAUGAUACCAUCUCAAAAAAUAAAGGUUGUUUUAAUAACAACUCUUAAAUGUUUACUUAAAAAUAAAUAAAACUCUCCUUUAUCUA